AUGCAGUCAAACGAGGCUCUGAAGACGAUGAAUGCGACGCACCAACCGUUCUGGUUCGAGCUGAUCGAGCAUAAUGGUCGAGCGACGUACAAUCCCAGCCCGGACAGCUAUCAGGUCUACCGCAAUGUCAAAGACUUUGGUGCCAAAGGAGACGGUGUGGCAGAUGAUACAGUGGCAAUCAAUCAGGCUAUCAGCACAGGUGAUCGUUGUGGGCAAGGCGGUGGAAGUUCAACGAUCACCCCUGCGGUUGUGUAUUUCCCACCUGGAACAUACCUUGUUUCUUCGCCCAUCCUCUCGUACUACUACACGCAGCUGAUGGGCAGUGCUAGCGAUCGACCGACCCUUCUUGCAUCUCCACAGUUCCAAGGGAUCGCAGUCAUCGACGAAAACCCGUACGGCUCGGAUGGAAACAACUGGUACAUCAACCAGAAUAACUUUUUCCGUGCUGUCUUCAACUUGCGCAUUGAUCUCACCCAGAUGCCUCCCUCCUCUGGCACUGGUAUCCAUCACCAAGUCAGCCAAGCAACCGGCCUAUUCAACGUCCACUUUGAAAUGCGCCAGGAGACGCAAGGCAACGGUCAGCAAGGCCUCUUUAUUGAAAAUGGCAGUGGUGGAUUCAUGGCUAACCUCAGCUUCCGCGGUGGACGAUACGGUGCGGCUAUGGGCAACCAGCAGUUUACCCUUAGACAUCUCUCGUUUGAGCAUUGCCAAACGGCCAUCUUGCAGAUCUGGAACUGGACUUUCUCCUAUCAUGACGUAAAGCUCAAGAAUUGCCAGUUGGGCCUGGAGAUGCGUACAAUGCCAAACCCAGCUUCGGGCAACCAAGGUGCUGCUUCUAUCUUGGCUUAUGAUUGGAAGUUGGAGAAUGUGGGCACUGGCUUCCAUAUCACUACUCCCGGAUCGGGCACCUUGAUUCUGGACAAUGUUGCUGUUGAGAAUGUUGGAGCUGCUGUCACAGCAGGAGAUGGUGCGGCGAAUAAGGUCUUGUUGGCAGGUUCUCAACAGGCCGCCGUGAUUCAGAGCUGGCUACAAGGGUCUACCGUGCAAGGUGACAAAGUGUUGCAAGAUGUGCAAACCGUAUCUACUAUUGACAUUCGACGUCCAUCGUCACUCGUCAAAGCAGGGAGCUCUUCGCAACCCUGGUUCAGCCGAAAGCGUCCGCAAUACGAGCAAGCAGACAUUUCCGAGUUUGUCAACCUCAAACACUUUGGUUGUGCUGGCGAUGGAACAACGGACGACUCAAUGGCCUUGCAAGCGACCUUAGAUGCUUGUGCAGGGCGAAAGAUCAUCUAUGUGCCUCAUGGAACCUACUAUCUCGAAUCAACGGUGACCUUCCCACCAGGUACAAGGAUCGUUGGUCAAGUCUGGCCCGUCUUGAUGGGUGGUGGAGCACUUUUCAAAGACUCGUCCAAUCCUCAGCCUGUCAUCCGCAUUGGCAAACCCGGUGAUAUGGGCAUCAUGGAAAUCUCAGAUCUCAUCUUCUCAACCAGAGGUCCCGCAGCAGGAGCGAUCAUCGUCCAGUGGAACAUUCGAGAGCAGCAAGGUCAACAAGGCUCCGCUGCUGCCUGGGACACUCAUAUCCGUGUCGGUGGUUUCGCAGGUACCAAUCUCCAAGCAGACAAAUGUGCACGUCAGCUUCCCUUGAACGACAACUCUCAUGCUAGCUUCCUCAACCUCCAUCUCACUCCCGGCUCAAGUGCAUACUUGGAGAACAUGUGGGUUUGGACUGCCGACCACGACUUGGACUUUGACAAUCCUGCCCAAAUCAACCUUCUCUCAGGACGAGGAGUUCUCAUCGAGUCUGCAGACGGUCCUGUAUGGAUGUACGGCGGAGCAAGUGAACACGCAGUGCUGUAUCAGUACAACAUUGUUAACGCCAACAACAUCUUUAUCUCCCUAGCACAGACCGAAAGCGCUUACUUCCAAGGCAAAGGUCGACCUGUCGCAAGCCAAGAGGAGCCGCUUCAGAUUGCAAGAUACAAGGAUCCUGAUUUGCAACUCUCUUCUGCUGAGUCUGCUUCUUCUCCCUUCCAGAACCCGAAUAGUAGCUACGAGAAUCGCGGCUUGGCUAUGCGCAUUGCAAAUAGCACCAACGUCUUCAUCUACGGCGCAGGUCUAUAUUCCUUCUUUGACAACUAUGAUCAGAGUCAGGUGUCCAAUAGAAAGUCGCAGAAGAGGUUACUGUGGAUGCAGCAUCUCCACGACAAUGCCAACGUCUGGGUGCUCAAUCUCAACACGAUCGGGGUGCAGAAGAUGCUUACGGUUGAUGGAGAGGAUACCGUGGAUGAAGGUAGCCUAAGGAACGGCUUUGGUAAUACCUUGGCUGUGUGGUCUGCCCGUCCUUAG